GUCGCCCCUGUAGGGUGCACAAAGCACUGGCUCGUGGGUGCUGCUCUGGAUCUCACUGCUCGGAGGGAGGACGGUCCUGGGGGACCCUGGACCCCCCGAGAAGACUCAGAACCAACCAGUCGGAAAAGGGACGGCCGUCGGAGAGGACGACUGCAGGAAAAGGCUAAAGACUGCGGGAGAAAAAGCCGGGCGGAGCAAGACAGCUCCGAGAGACCGCGGCGAGCGCACGCGCACGCGCAGCACCACGCCCCGCCCCUCGCUCACGUUUCCGGCCGCCCCUCUCUGCAUCCGGGGCACGCAAACUCUUCGUUCUGCCUCAGGCGGCCGCCCCGGACCGGAAGCGGAAGUGAACCCCGAGCCAGGGGGAGGAAGCCGGUGGCCGACCCGUCAGCAGCCGGCGGCGGUCUCGAGGGGCGGCGCCGCCCUCCUCCCUGCGAGCCGGUCCCGCGGCCGGGCGGGUGGCCGGCCCGAGGACUCGGCGCCAUGAAGCUCUACAGCCUCAGCGUCCUCUACAAAGGCGAUCCCAAGGUGGUGCUGCUCAAAGCCGCGUACGACGUGUCCUCCUUCAGCUUCUUCCAGAGGUCCAGUGUUCAGGAAUUUAUGACCUUCACAAGUCAGCUGAUUGUGGAGCGCUCAGCAAAAGGCAGCAGAGCUUCUGUCAAGGAACAAGAAUAUCUGUGCCACGUCUACGUGAGAAACGACAGUCUUGCGGGAGUGGUCAUUGCUGACAGUGAAUACCCAUCCCGGGUGGCUUUUACUUUGCUGGAGAAGGUACUAGACGAAUUCUCCAAGCAGGUCGACAGGAUAGAAUGGCCAGUUGGAUCCCCUGCCACCAUCCACUACACAGGCCUGGAUGGUCACCUCAGUAGAUACCAGAACCCCCGAGAAGCUGACCCCAUGAGUAAAGUGCAGGCUGAACUAGACGAGACCAAAAUCAUCCUGCACAACACCAUGGAGUCUUUGUUGGAGCGGGGCGAGAAGCUGGAUGACCUGGUGUCCAAGUCCGAAGUGCUAGGGGUGCAGUCUAAAGCCUUCUAUAAAACGGCCCGGAAACAAAACUCGUGCUGCGCAAUCAUGUGACGGCAGCUGGCAGUGCCCCUGCGCCCGCCGUCACCGUCAUCCGCAUCGGAACGCAGCCCCCAGGACGGAGCCGCGGGGAACCACCCAGCGUGGGACGGACUCAGUUUUCGCUCUAGGGCUCCUGGGAGGAACGAGGGUGGUGGAAGGGACCCGGGGGCGGGACGUUCACAUCCGCGUGUCUAGUAAUUUUUGAGACAGUCAUUUGAGGCCCCUCAAGCUGUAUUUUUGGCCCAAAUGAAACCAUAAAGCUCAGUGACUCCCGUA